AUGAUCGAAAAUAGCGUGGGAGUUGUGAAGUUUGAUCUUCUUGUGAAAGAAACAGGCGAAUACCACUGUGUGAUUACUAUCGAAGUUCAUUCCGACUUUACCGCAGAAUAUUCAUCCGCUCUUGGAGUUUCAGAAAGUGCUACGAAGGAAGAAAUUGACGAGGCUUUUCAAAAAGAAAAGGAAAGCUUUAAACGGAAACAGCAGGCUUACGAUUUCCUAAAAGAAACAGCGAAGCCUGUUGAAAAAGUGAGGUCCGAAGAUGAAGAUAGUGGAGAGCAAUUUUCCGCUGCUGUCGAUCCCGUAGUGAGCAGUGAUCAAGAGUUUUCGGGCGAUUCUUGGUGCGAACUGUCUGAUUAUGAAUGCGAGACAGAAUUCUUCGAUCCAUCUUUCACUCUAAAAUGUCAUUUGAAAGAAGACCUGACAAAAAUUGAAAACGACCUGAAAAAAGUUGAAAACGAGUUGAAAUCGAAGUUACCGACGAAUUAUUUUCAUGGAAUGAACGAUGGCGAGAUUCAAACGUGCUUGCAGCUACUAAAAUUUGACGACAGAGAAAUGACGCUUCAGUUCUGGUCUGAUCGCGAACACGAGGUAUCAGAAGGCAAGUGGAAAGUGAAAUAUCUUGGUUGCCAAAAUUUUGCAGAUUUUCAAACAGCAGAUGGCUCAUUUUAUCUUUGGAUCGAACAUAGCGAUUAUUCUCCUAAAUUCAAGGCAGUGGCAACCGAGCACCAUUUCUUCAGAAACAAGAACGUUAACCGAAAAGUUUUGAGAAGUACGGGAGACGGCAAUCGGCAAUUCGUGAAAUACAAGCGAGAAUUCGACCCCACAGAAGAUACUGAAUCGAGCGGAAGCCUGACAGAUUCUACUGUCAGAGAUUAUUCUGCCGUUCUUGGAGUCCCUAUAGAUGCUUCGAAAAAAGAGAUUAAAAAUGCUAUCAGAAAAGAAGAAACAGACUUCAAGUUGAAGCAAGAAGCUUAUGUUUAUCUAAAAGGAUGUGCUGUCUCUGAAGGGUCUCCUAAAGAAGACUCUGUUGGUCUCGAAGAUCCAUUUGUAGCACUAAAAUGUUAUCUGAGGAAAAACUGCCAUAAUGAUUAUGCCAAGAAGGCGUUGCAAUUACUUGCUCUUGGGGAGAAAAAACUAUCGCCGAGCGAAUAUAGCCUAUCGGAUUAUUCCGAAGAUGUGAUUUUCGCAACAGGAUGGAAACUCGCGCAUUGUUGGUAUGAAGAUGACGAUUACGAGAAUAAUCACGGCGGGUGUUACUUGAAAAUCGAAGAUCUUAGGAUCGAAAAUAGCGUUGGGGCUUUUAAAUUUGAUGCUGUCCUGGAAGAAGAAGGCGAAUACGAAUGUCUGGUACCUGUUCAAGUUCAUUCCGACUUUACCACAGAAUAUUCAUCUGUUCUUGGGAUUUCAGAGAAAGCUAUGAACAGAGAAAUUGACGAAGCUUUCCGAAAAGAAAAAGAAAACUUUAAACAGACACAAGAGGCUUAUGAUUUCCUCAAAGAAACAGCAAUGCCCGAGAAAAAUGUGAGUUCCGAAGAUGAACACAGCGAUGAAUUUACCAUCAUUGAUGAGGCUGACCCAGAAGAGUCAGAUUAUGAGUGCGAGCCUGAAAUAUUCGAUCCAUGUUCAAUUCUCAAAUGUUAUUUGAACGAUGAAAAAGAAAUCGAAGAAAGAAAGUUAAUGCUCGAAACCAAAGAACCAAUACUUAUGAAAGACGAGGUGAAACCGACGAUAUUCAAAUUAACGAAUUAUUUACAUGGAAUGAACGAUGACGAAAUUCAAGCGACUUUGCAGCAACAAGCAUCAGACAACAAAGAAAUGACCCUUCAGGAAAGAAAGAUUCUAUUGAAGAAAUACUGCGAUUGGCAGUCCUGA